AUGCUGCUCGGGUGGGCGUCCCUGCUGCUGUGCGCGCUCCGCCUGCCCCCGGUCUUGGCCGGCCCAGCCGCGGCACCUGCCCAGGAUAAAGCCGGGCAGCCUCGGGCUGCUGCGGCGGCCGCCCAGCCCAGCCGCAGGCAGGGGGAGGAGACGCAGGAGCCGGCCGAGCCUCCCGGCCUCCCUCACCCCCUGGCGCCGCAGCGCAGGAGCCGCGGGCUUGUGCAGAACAUCGACCAGCUCUACUCGGGCGGCGGCAAGGUGGGCUACCUGAUCUACGCGGGCGGCCGGAGGUUCCUCCUGGACCUAGAGCGGGAUGGUUCGGUGGGCGCCGCUGGCUUUGUGCCCGCUGGAGGCGGGCCGAACGCGACCCGGCGCCACCGGGGCCACUGCUUCUACCGGGGCACGGUGGACGGCAGCCUCCGCUCUCUGGCUGUCUUUGACCUCUGCGGUGGUCUCGACGGCUUCUUCGCGGUCAAGCACGCGCGCUACAUCCUAAAGCCGCUGCUGCGCGCGCCCUGGGCGGAGGCGGAGGCCGGGCGCGUGUACGGGGACGGGUCCGCGCGGAUCCUGCACGUCUACACCCGCGAGGGCUUCAGCUUUGAGGCCCUGCCGCCUCGCACCAGCUGCGAGACCCCCACGUCCCCGCCAGGGCCCCGUGAGCACCCCCCGGCGCACAGGAGCCCGGACCGACGCUGGGCGCUGGCCCCGCAGCUCCCGGACCAGUCAGCUCCCUUGUCCGAUGGGAGUCAGAGACCACAGACGUGGUGGCGGCGGCGGCGGCGCCGCUCCGUCUCCCGGGCCCGCCAGGUGGAGCUGCUCCUGGUGGCCGACGCGUCCAUGGCGCGGAUGUACGGCCAGGGCCUGCAGCAUUACCUCCUGACCCUGGCCUCCAUCGCCAACAAGCUGUACAGUCACGCCAGCAUCGAGAACCACAUCCGCCUGGUCGUGGUGAAGGUGGUGGUGCUGGGCGACAAAGACAAGAGCCUAGAAGUGAGCAAGAACGCGGCCGCCACGCUCAAGAACUUUUGCAAAUGGCAGCACCAGCACAACCAGCUGGGGGCUGACCACGAGGAACACUACGACGCGGCCAUCCUGUUUACUCGGGAGGAUUUAUGUGGGCAUCACUCAUGUGACACCCUGGGAAUGGCAGACGUUGGGACCAUAUGUUCUCCCGAACGCAGCUGUGCUGUGAUUGAAGAUGAUGGUCUCCAUGCAGCCUUCACCGUGGCUCACGAAAUUGGACAUCUACUUGGCCUCUCCCAUGACGAUUCCAAAUUCUGUGAAGAAAAUUUCGGUUCCACAGAAGAUAAGCGCUUAAUGUCUUCCAUCCUAACCAGCAUUGAUGCAUCCAAGCCCUGGUCCAAAUGCACCUCAGCCACCAUCACAGAAUUCCUGGAUGAUGGCCAUGGUAACUGUUUGCUAGACCUGCCACGCAAGCAGAUCCUGGGCCCCGAGGAACUCCCGGGACAGACCUACGAUGCCAGCCAGCAGUGCAACCUGACCUUCGGGCCCGAGUACUCGGUGUGUCCCGGGAUGGACGUGUGUGCCCGCCUCUGGUGCGCUGUGGUGCGCCAGGGCCAGAUGGUGUGUCUGACCAAGAAGCUGCCAGCUGUGGAAGGGACACCAUGUGGAAAAGGGAGGAUCUGCCUGCAGGGCAAGUGUGUGGACAAGACCAAGAAAAAAUAUUAUUCAACAUCGAGCCAUGGCAGCUGGGGAUCCUGGGGGUCCUGGGGCCAGUGUUCUCGCUCAUGUGGGGGAGGAGUACAGUUUGCUUAUCGCCACUGCAAUAACCCCGCACCCAGAAACAAUGGCCGUUACUGCACAGGGAAGAGGGCCAUCUACCGCUCCUGCAGUGUCUUACCCUGCCCAGCCAAUGGUAAAUCUUUUCGUCAUGAGCAGUGUGAGGCCAAAAAUGGAUAUCAGUCUGAUGCAAAAGGAGUCAAAACAUUUGUGGAAUGGGUUCCCAAAUAUGCAGGCAUCCUGCCAGGAGAUGUGUGCAAACUGACCUGCAGAGCUAAGGGCACUGGCUACUACGUAGUGUUUUCUCCAAAGGUGACCGAUGGAACGGAAUGCAGGCCAUACAGCAAUUCCGUCUGCGUCCGGGGAAAGUGUGUGAGGACGGGCUGUGACGGCAUCAUUGGCUCGAAGCUGCAGUAUGACAAGUGCGGAGUGUGUGGAGGAGACAACUCCAGCUGCACAAAGGUGAUUGGAACCUUCAAUAAAAAAAGCAAGGGUUACACUGAUGUUGUGAGGAUCCCGGAAGGCGCAACUCACAUAAAAGUCCGACAGUUCAAAGCCAAAGAUCAGACUAGAUUCACUGCCUACUUAGCCCUGAAGAAGAAAAACGGUGAGUACCUUAUCAAUGGAAAGUACAUGAUCUCCACUUCGGAAACCAUCAUUGACAUCAAUGGAACAGUCAUGAACUACAGUGGUUGGAGCCACAGGGAUGACUUCUUGCAUGGGAUGGGCUACUCAGCCACGAAGGAAAUUCUAAUCGUACAGAUUCUUGCAACAGACCCAACUAAAGCCUUAGAUGUCCGUUACAGUUUUUUUGUUCCCAAGAAGUCCACUCCAAAAGCAAACUCUGUCACUAGCGACAGCAGCAAUAAAGUGGGAUCACCCACUCCACAGCUGCAGUGGGUGACGGGCCCUUGGCUCGCCUGUUCUAGAACCUGUGACACGGGCUGGCACACCAGGACGGUGCAGUGCCAGGAUGGAAACCGGAAGUUAGCGAAGGGAUGUCUUCUCUCUCAGAGGCCUUCUGCAUUUAAGCAAUGUUUGCUAAAGAAAUGUUAG